CCUUCGAAUCGCAUUUAUAAUCUCGAGGAAGAAGGCGACGAGAAGAGAACGGAAACAACAACAAUCAAUCUCAGAGAGCUAUGGCGUCGUCACGAAGCAGGAGGUUAGCGACACUUCUCUUCUCGAUCUCCCACGGAUCGGGACGUACCGCGAGAACCGGGGGAGCAUUGCUCAGCCGCCGCCGGAUGAUCUCCUCUGCGUCGUCGUCCGCUGCUGCUGCCGUCGUGGCGGAUGAUGAAUUGGGAGGUGUGUUGAAGGAGUACGUGGAUUACAGGAGAUCUCUGUACGGUGAGUUCACUCACAAGGCGUUGCUUGUGGAUGCCGUUGGCACUCUCCUUGUCCCCGCCCAACCUACGGCUCAGAUAUAUAAGAAUAUUGGAGAGAAGUAUGGAGUUGUGUACUCGGAGGCUGAGAUACUUACUAGAUACAGACGUGCUUAUCAGAAACCAUGGGGUCAAUCUCAUCUCAGGUAUGUAAACGACGCGAGACCUUUCUGGCAAUAUAUAGUGAGUGCAUCAACAGGCUGUUCGAAUUCUCAGUACUUUGAAGAGCUUUACGACUAUUUUACUACAGAACAGGCGUGGAAGCUAUGUGAUCCAGAGGCAGAGAAAGUGUUCAAGGCUAUCAAAGAAGCGGGUGUAAAAGUUGCCAUUGUGUCCAACUUCGACACUCGGUUAAGACCUCUCCUACGAGCACUGAGAUGCGAAGACUGGUUCGAUGCUGUGGCUGUUUCAGCAGAAGUUGAAGCGGAGAAGCCGAACCCAACCAUCUUCUUGAAAGCUUGUGAGUUGUUAGGAGUGAAUCCUGAGGAUGCGGUUCAUGUAGGAGAUGACCGUAGGAAUGAUCUAUGGGGAGCUAGAGAUGCAGGCUGUGACGCUUGGCUUUGGGGAAGUGAAGUUACUUCUUUUAAACAGGUGGCUCAACGGAUAGGAGUCAAGGUGUGAAGCAAAGCAUGUGAGAGAAAUGGUUCGGGCAUGUUCAGGCUUUCAGUUUUUUUUUUUUUUGAAAUGGUUCGGGCAUGUUCAGGCUUUCAGUUUUAGCUCUCUCUUUUUUAGUGUGAGCAGCUUUGUAUAUUUGGUUUCUCCUUUCUAGUAUAUUGUGUGUGAUAUAAGUUGCAGCUUAUGUAAAAAAAGACCAGAAAUAAAUGUAUAAUAAGAGAUCAAUAAAGCUUCAUGAUCGUUUUGGAC